CAGAAGCUACUGUUUACAUGGACCUUUCAUUCCUUCAUUGUUUACUUAUGGAAAAUAAGGGGGAGUGACAAAAAGAGGGGAAAGAGGGAGGCACUGACCACAGUGCAGAACCAGUAACCUUGUCUUAUGUGAUCAUUAACCUUGCUGGAAAAUGCAGCUGGCAGUUCACUCUGUUAGCUGGUCAUAGGAUGUGAGGGAGACACACAGGCACUGCAGAGCCUUGAAAGGAUUGUUUGAUCUACUCCAAGUAUUAUCAAAUACUGGUGCUACUUGCUGUGACUGUAAGAUGAGAUUCCCGCAGCUCCUUCAUUUUGUGUUUUUCCUCUUGCUGAGUCUACUUCUUACCACUGGCCAGAGACCAGCUAACCUGGUCCUGCGCAGAAAACUACACAGACACAACUGCGCUCACAGGAGAUGCAUGCCUCUCCACUCCAGAGUGCCUUUCCCCUGAGGGAUCUUCAAGCCGGUGUUGCUUUGCUAAAUUUAGGCAAUG